AAUAAAAAAAAAAAAAAAAAAAAAAAAAAAAAAAAUCUUGAGUUAUGUCAUAAAAUUUUUAGAGAAUAAUGAACACCGUGGGGACAGUAAUUUUACGGAAUAAGUUUUACGUUUUGAGAAAAGUUAAAGCUUACAAAUACGUAAAGACUGUUAAUAAAUAAAUGAAUUUGUGAUUGAUUAGAAAAUUAUGACUUAUUAAAUUCUGUACUGCUGUAUAUAGAAAUUUUUUAUUAUAAAAAUAAACAUACAUAUAUAGAUACGUGUGAAAAAAAAGAUAUUUAAUAGCUAUCUCGCAAUAUCGCGCUUAACGUGACAUUUUUUAUUUACUCUGUAAUAAAUAUGAAAAUAUUCUAGCAUCUUUGUUUAUUUACUUCUCAUUUACUUGCUUUUUUUCAAUGGUAUUUAAUAUCACAAGCGAAAUUAUUUACGUUGUGAUAUUUAUUGUUAUAUAUCCAUCUAAAAACCUUUAAAAUAAAAUAAAAGAAUUUAAAAACUUAAAAGAAAUUUCAGAUACCUAAUAAAUUUAAUUUAUUUGCAUUAUGUUAAAAAAUAUAUAUAUACAACAGAGAUAUUAAACAUGAAAUCAAAUAUUAAAAAAUCUUUUAACAAAAUUUCGAUUUCAUUAUUUAAAUACUCUUUCGCAUGUCAUUUGACAGUUUAUAAAAUUGAACAUUAAGCUAAACUCAUAUUCAUUCUACAAUAAUGAUAUUAAAUAUUUACUCUUUGAUGUUUGGACUGAUACUAUCAGAUUUUAUUACACAAACAAGGGCGGUAGAUUAUAUUGACAUAGAAGACUCAGAAUACAGAAACAUCACUGAAGAAUUGUAUUUAUGGAGUGUUAAUAACACAAAUAAUAGCUGUAGUAAUUUCUUUUGUAUAAGUGAUGAAGAUUACAUCGAUUUCUUAAUAACUCGUAUGACAACACCAAGUAUCUACGAUUGGAUUUUGAUAUUUAUGCACAUUACCGUAUUUAUUGCCGGUAUAUUGGGAAAUUCAUUAGUCUGUAUUGCUGUAUACAGAAAUCGAUCUAUGAGAACGGUUACUAAUUACUUCCUUGUUAAUCUUGCUGUAGCAGAUCUUAUGGUAAUAAUAUUUUGUCUACCGUCAACAGUUAUUUGGGAUGUUACUGAAACUUGGUUACUCGGUGAAACCUUAUGCAAAAUGCUUCCCUACCUACAGACAGUUUCAGUUAGUGUGAGCAUUUUGACCCUUACUUUCAUAUCAAUCGAUCGUUGGUACGCUAUAUGUUUUCCAUUGGAAUUCAAAUCGACUACAAAACGUGCAAAAAAAUGUAUAUGUUAUAUUUGGUUAUUCUCAUUUAUUUUUGACAUACCAGAUUUGAUUUUACUACAAGUUACUCCAAGUCUACUUAAAAUUGAGUCAAUUUAUUUAACGCGAUGUGAAAGAUCGUGGAGCGUUAAAAGCGAAAAAAUUUUUAAUUUUAUUAUAUUUAUAUUUUUGUAUUUCGGGCCAUUACUUUUUAUGACCUACACAUAUUACCAAAUAAUUCGUGUACUACGAAGAAGUAACAUUCCUGGAUAUAAAUUAUCCAGAAGAAAUAAACGAAUCCCACUGGAUACUCAGGUGACAACGUCGACGUUCAAUGACAAUCAUGAAGGACAUUUGGGAUCAAGACGGAAAGCUGCAAAAAUGCUUGUUGUAGUUGUUUUCAUUUUUGCGCUUUGUUAUGCGCCAGUUCAUUUACUAAACAUCCUUCGACAUUCAAUGGAUUUACCAUCAAAUGACAUAACAGUUGCGUGUAGUUUAUUAGCCCACUGGCUGUGUUAUUUAAAUAGUGCAAUCAAUCCUGUUAUUUACAAUUUCAUGAGUGGUAAAUUCCGCAAAGAAUUCAGACGAUCGUUCAUCUGCUUGCGACCGAUUUCAGCCGAUGCUGGGACACAAAAAAUAAGUGGAAUUAUUCAAAUAGCCGAACGUUCUCUGGUACCCACUACAAAUUCAAAUCAGUCGGAUAAUAAUUUUGUUAAAAGCCGACGUAGUGUUGAAGUUAUUCCUCUUAAAAGUAUGUCGGAUUAUCACUAAACGUGUCCAGCUUCUGGUACAUGGCCUAGCUGAAACUAAAGCUAAGGAGUCAGGUAGUACUGCCGAUUUUAGAACUACUGUACAGAAUUUAAUGAAAUUUAUCUUAUCCGUAGCUAAUGAUAAGAAAAAGAUUAAAUUAAAUUUUUUAAAAGCUACAGAAAACCAGUAAAAUUUUGAUUUUCAUACAUUUAACAUUGAGUCUCAUAAUAAAUCACAGAUUUAAUCGAAAUUUUUUUUUUUAGCUUUUAAAAUAUUUAACUGGAUCAUUUUCUUAUCAUUACCUACUAAGAUAUAAAAUUUCAUUAAAUUAUUAAUGAUAAUUUUAAAACCGACACUCAAACCCACAAACAGUACUAUCCUUGUCGCAUUUGCGGAAUAAAUGGAACCUUUGUCCAAGUUUUUCUCUUUAACAAAUGAAAAUUUUUGGAAAAUGGAAACAUAGAUUGCUAGAUUAUAGCCCUGAUUAAAAUUGUUUGAAAGCCAAGCGGAAAUAUUCGAUUAAACCCGAUUGUUUUAACAAUCGGAUUAAAUCGGAGCUUUUAAUCAGGCAGAGUAAUGCAUCGGGUCUCGGUCAUAAUUUUGUGUUGAGAGGUUUUAUUUGAAAGAACAGCUUGGACAAAAAUUACCAUAGACUCUCCUUAAAAAAACAUUUACAUUAGUUUAUAACUGUAUUAUAUGAUGAAUAUUUUUUUAAAUGUAAUUUUAACAACCCGAAUUCAUUGAAUUUUUAUUUAUUUAUAGUUUCACUGUAGUUUAUUAAAUAUAAGAUAAUAUACCUAGAACCCUAGCAGGGAACUAGUACUC